AUGUGCAGAGAGAGGGCUGCCUGUGUGAGCGCAACGGGCGAGCUUGUAUAUACACCGGCACACAGCUUGUGUCUUGUCAUCGCUGGGUGGCCCGCUAGUCCAUUGGGAUCGAGGAGCCUUCAUUCUUCACGUCAACUGAUGCUUCCGUCAGUGCUGUUGACGACUGGGCUACCUUACUCACUUACUCAGGAAAGAAGACAAGAUGAGAUGCAUAGAUGGACAUGGAGUAUGCGUGUGUGUGCAUAUAUGUAUUUGCCAGUGUCAAGAGCGAUGGAAGGAAGUGAGUGGAAAGGUAAAGUAGUGAGACGAAGCAAAUGGCAUUAUCGGAUACAUCAAUUCUGGUGGCUUGUGGUAGUAAUGUAG